AUGAGCAGGAUAUACACACGCCCUGAAAUUCUCCUUCUGAUCUUCUUGGCAGGCGCAGUGAAGCUUGACGGAGUCAAGACAUUUCGAUGGCUGAAAGAGAAGGCUUGUGCCUUGUUCUGGCAGUUUGUCUCUCAGCGCUCAGACGCUUGGAGACAUCUUCUAACGCUUCUCAGGGCCAAAUGGGAAGCUAUAAGAGCACAGACGGUUGAAAUUUCUGCAAAAGUCUGUCCAGUGGUGGUGGCUGUCAUGAAAGAGGUCCAGGAAGCCACCUUGGAACUCUUUGGCUUUGUGAUGGCUGCAUUCAAAGCUAUCAAGCAAUGGUUUACCUGCGAGCAACAGACCAGCCACGCUCAUUAUGGACAGGCGCGAAAUGCUUGGUGCAAACGUGUCGUCCUCGUUGUGACAGUAAAGUCGGGCAGAUCCUACAAGGCAAUCAAGGAUGCCAUAGGGAUUGAAGGCGACUUUCCCAGGAAUUACCGGAACAGAAACCAGACUGAGUCACUUCCAGAACCACCCGGAUUCAUGCGUCAUUUUGCCAAAGUCCAACAUGGAUCAUUUUUCGAGCUCGUCGGUCCCAACAUAACUGACGAGAAAGGAGGUGGCGUCUGCUGGGGAGAGGAGAAGAUUCGGAGCAUAGAUGGGAUCGUUGAGAUCGGGUUGGUCACUUACGACAACGAAGCAAUAAUGGAGUCGUUCUAUAAACCCCUGCGAACAGCAUGGGGAUGUUAUGACCCGAUCUGGUGGAACUGUUCCGACUUCACCAUCCGACUUGCAUGUAUGAUCCUGCCAGACCCUGAUGAAAAAGACAUCCUGCGACGACUGCUGCUUUUCGUGUGCGCGUCUCGCCUACAGACCCUCGAGUUUGCCAUUGACGAAUUGCACACGAGAAUAUUCCUGUCAAGCUGGACUGCUGCCGCGGCAUCAUGGGUUGGCGGUGCUGGAUCUGCUCUCUUGACGGGAGCGUUCCCUGCCGUGUUCCCAAUUGCGUUCUUGGGGUCCUGUGCUUUUUUUGUGGGAUCUGGAAUUGCGUCCAUUUGGCGCGUUAGUCGCGUUGGUACCAAAGAAUACCCUAAAUGGAAAGCACGGUCAAAUGAGUUGGAGCAGCGGGUUCCCCAGCUUCGGGGGUUGGUUGGGGAGUGCUUGACUUACAGUCUUCCCUAAUGAUAGUCGCGAGGAAAUAGGAGGUAUGGCGUUCAAAGGGAGUUUAGGAAGAAAGAAAAAGGUAUAGAAUGUUAGCAGACUGCAACA